AUGAUGUGGGGUGAGAGUGCUGAAAUAACCGCAGAGCUGUUGUUGCGACAGUUCAGUGUUCCGGGACCAUUGUUUCUGGAUCCUCGUUAUUCGCGUUUGCUGCAUCGAAGAACGUCCAGCGUGAGCGAACCACUUACCGAAGAAAAAUAUGAUGAAGAUGAUCAAGCGUGGCAGGUCAUAUCCGAUCGUGAAGAAAACCGGUUUAUUACGCAAGAAGGACACAAACUCGAGGUGCAACCCAGGCCCCCAAUGGCGGUAACGAACGCAGUAUCAUGGCGCUCUGAAGGAAUUAGAUACCGGAAAAAUGAGGUCUUCUUGGACGUUAUCGAAUCAGUUAAUCUGAUGGCAAAUGCGAAUGGGAAUGUUUUGCGCUCGGAAAUCGUUGGUUGCAUAAAGAUGCGUGUGUACCUCACCGGAAUGCCUGAACUUCGUCUUGGACUGAAUGACAAAGUUUUGUUCGAAAGUACUGGUCGUGGGAAAAGUAAGAGUGUGGAGCUGGAAGACGUGAAAUUUCAUCAAUGCGUCCGACUUUCGCGAUUUGAAAAUGAUCGGACGAUUUCAUUCAUCCCACCUGACGGCGAAUUCGAAUUGAUGUCUUACAGAUUGAACACCCACGUGAAACCCUUGAUUUGGAUCGAGUCAGUGAUCGAACGCCAUGCUCAUUCAAGAGUGGAAUACAUGAUCAAGGCCAAAUCACAAUUUAAGCGCCGCUCUACGGCGAACAACGUUGAAAUUGACAUCCCCGUACCAGCUGACGCUGAUUCACCAAAAUUCAAGACCAGCAUUGGGACAGUCAAAUACGGUGGAAAGGAGUACCUGAUGAGGGCUCAUUUUGGUCUUCCGAGCGUGGAGUCGGAGGAACAAGAAGGUAGACCGCCAAUAGCAGUCAAGUUUGAAAUUCCAUAUUUUACUACGUCUGGAAUCCAGGUACGCUAUUUGAAAAUUAUUGAGAAGAGUGGAUACCAGGCAUUGCCCUGGCGUCUGCUGGCGGAAAAUCCAUGCAAGCAUCCAAUCAUCGUCAUGAAAGGAGUGAAAAGAGAAGAGCUGAGGGCAUUGGUGGAAUUCAUGUACAAGGGUGAAUUGUGUGUGGGUCAAAGCGACCUUCACUCGUUGCUGAAAACGGCGGAAAGUUUGCAGAUCAGAGGACUGAGUGAAUAUUCUUUUUCCGGUGAAGAUCCUCCAGAGACCGAAAUGAAUAUGGAAGAUGUUGCGAAAGAAGGAAGUGUUCUGGACACAAUUCGGCAAGUACCUCUUCGAAGAACUUUGAAGAAACCUCAUAAAGAAGGGUAUUCCUCAUUACCGGGGCAACCUCAUGCAAAAAGACGUAACUCUGCAUCAUCAUCUUCGUCGUCACCGGUCAAUCAAUCGUCAACAGCAUCAAGUUUGAGCAACGGAGACCCUGUUGAUCCUGGGGCGGCGAGUGACAUCAAAUUGAAUGUUUCAUCCUCGACAGCUGUUGAAGUAUCGGGUGGUAAUGGUGGUGCUGUUUCACCUACUGCACAUUCGACCGACUCAGGCGACAACACUUUACCGGAUUCUAUAUCAAGCGCUGUAAAAGCAGAACGUACAACUUACGCCCAAGACUCUCCGCAAAAUCUUACGAUUGAGAAAGAUCGACAGCAAGAGCCCGGUAGUCCUUGUUCUCCGAUGACGGAAACCUCUCCAGUUUUUCCUCAGUCUGUCACUGAUGGGCCUAGUACGCAGUUGAACGGUCCUGUAGGCGUUCCGUCAACGUCAUCUCCACCGUUCAUGUUGCCGCAAGAUGCAGUUUGGCCGCCUCCGGAAGGCGUUUGUGGACCACCUCACACGUUAUUUUCGCCGACGAAUAGACUUUAUGCUGAUCAGUUGAGGCAACAAUUCACGCAGAAUGUUAGCUUCGACGUGAUGUACAGAUUUUUGCGCGACCGCAGUAAGGAUGGCGAAGGCUACCAUCAUUGCGUAUUUUGUGGAAAGCAGAUCAGGGACGCAUCCAACUUCAAGAAACACUUGCGAACUCACACGGGCGAAAAGCCUUAUCAAUGUCGAGUGUGUGGCCGAGCCUUUUCACGAUCGGAAAACCUCAAGAUGCACUUGCGUAACCGACAUCCAAACGCGGUUCUCGGCGUACAGGCAUCUACGAGUGCAGCUACGCCUUCAUCGCCGCCGUUGCGCGUGACACCACCGUUUCCUGCCAGGUCUCCUUCCAAUUUAUCACCGCCAUCUGCGUGAUGUGGGAAGAAGGCUUAUGUUUUUUAAACAGUUUUUUCAUGCUCCGAAGUUCGUAUCUCGUGCAAUGAAAUAAUGCGGCGUCCGUUUUUUACGUGCACAACAGUUCUGAUUUAACUUGAAAUUCUGACAAUUGCGGCCACGUUCAAAAGAAAAUGUGUAAAGAAAUCGAUCGAUUUAAUCGAAGAAGGCUAAAUAUGAAUCUCAAUAUCCUAUUUUCUCGAGAACAAGUCGAGUUGAACGGUUUUCUCAAAAUUAUGGACGUAACCUUUGCUAAGACUAAUAUUCAGGAGGUACCCGAAAAUCGUCCAAAACUUGUUCUGCAUAUGACGAACCGAUUUUCGGGGAAACUCGUAGAUUUUGCUUCAAUUUCGAAAGGGCGUCGCCGGUGAUGUCCGGAUGGGUUUUUCGCAUAAUAGGUCUUAAACAGCAACAAACGCGUUUUCUCUUCGUACUGCCAAUUGAAAAAAAAAAAAAUUCUGUUCACAAAUUAUCUCGAUUUUGGGGAGGGUAUUGUAAUGGGAACGUGUUUGUCGAUAAAGAACGGAUGCCCAUAUUAUUUUGCCUAGCGGGAUCUUGCGCUCACUCUGCCAUAUCUUCCUGUUUGCGUGCCUUGCAUGAAUCGCUGCCCGCCUGAAGGGCUCUUUGUUGCAGCUGCCUCUAAUUCUCAGGGAGAAUUUUUUCUGCUCAACGCUGCUUUGUGUCUUGACGUGUUUUGCGGGUGGCCCGAACGUGGCCAAUCGUUGAAUUUUGUACCUACCUCUGGACGAUUUUAAGAAGGGGAAAACUAGGGUGCCACUGGACAAUGGCAGGUGUUUUUUUGUAGCAACUACCUCUAGGCGAUCGGUUACAACGGAGUCUGAUUUGGCCAUGCAGGAGGAAGGAGCUGCACAGGAAAGCCUCAGAACUCCCGGCACCUUGAGUUCCGCGUGUACGUUGAAAAUGAAUUGAAAUCCGGUGUGUUGUGUUUAUGUAAUUUUAGAAAUCCCCUGAUUUUUGUUUUGUUUUUGUUCACUUUUUUUUCUGUGUUGAGAUGGGAUUUGAAAGGUAUCGAGCGGCUGAUUUGCGUUCUGGGACUUGAAAACGUGAUGUUCGGAUUGGUUGCCGGUGGUUCUAUGGAUUAAAAAGGUGUCUGAAGCAGUUCCCCACUGAGGGGAAAAAAGAGACCCGCGGGUAUAUGUUUCCGACGCGCUACUGUUGGAAUAAGGUAUAUGAUCUGUUCACGAAGUUACUCCGAGUCUGUUGUCCUACGUGGUUGUCGCUGAAGAUUGAUAAUUGAGUAUGGGUCGUUAUGGGUGAGUGACUCGCAGUCCUGAAAGACGGGUGGGAAAAAUACGGGUCGUGUUUCAGAUAUUAUUGUUUUGUUGCUGGUUGAGAACUCUGUGACGCAUGCUAAUGUUAUAUUCCCGUUUUGUGUUCUCAGUUCCUCAAAAGAAAAAUCAAGAAAGCUCGUAAUUUUUAGUGACCGGGUCGAGGAAUAUUUUGGAUUGGCAUGUUGCUGAAGAAAUAUCAACAACCUCUCGAACUUAUGUACGGGGAGAAAAAAACUUGUGUACGUAGUCGAAGUGUUUCAAAAAAUCAAGAUAUGAGGAGGAAUAUAAUUUAACGGAACUGUGUGCAGAACGCCUGUUGCAAUUUGUUUCUUGUUUGUGCGAGCAUAGCUGGAAGUGCCGAGGAGACGGCAGGUGAUAAAUCCGGCUGUGUUUUGCACUGCUAGCAAAUUCUUUGUUUCUGUCGGAUUUUUUUUUUUCUUUGCUGAGGGAAUAAUUUAAUUGCGCUAAAAUAUCCAACCGCUUGCAUAACGUGUUGAACGCUCUGAUUUUAGGGAACUGGGAGAUAACUACGUACAGUAUGUAUAAUCAUUCCAAUACACGUGAAACUCAGGCUUUGGUGUUGUGAAGAAGCAUGAUUGACAAUGAACUUCAGCAUGUAUAGGCACAGAUUUACCCCAACUCUCUCAGGUCAGGUCGAGAAAAUCCAGGGUUGUUGUCUCAGGAGAAAAGAAAAAAAUCGGAAUGCUUGGUUCGGUAUAUUUUAACUUUUUUUCCUUUUUUCUUCCUGUUGUGAGUGAUGGGUUUGAUAGGCGAAUUUAAAGGCAAUUUUGGGAAGAACGCUGUUACGAAUAACUGCUACUCUUCGAUAUUGGCCAGCGUUUCUGUAUUGUUCAGGGGGCUUUGAAGAAUAUACGUGUCCAGUUUCUGUUUUGGUUGAGCAGGGAAGACAAAUCUUUUUUAAGCGUGAUGGAGUCUGACAGUCAAAUGCCUGUGUCAGGAUUAUGCAGAAAUGGAAUACGGGUUGUAGGUGGGCAAGAUGUGUGUCUGUAUUCCUAAGCAAAGCUCCGUGGCAGACUUCCUCGCAGUUGCUUUGGAUCUUUAUUUUUUGUUUUUUUUUCUGCUUUUGUUUUUGGUGUUGUUCUGGUCAUUCGUCACUGCCCUUGUCAAUGCUGCCCUUGUUUGCCUGCUGUAGGCCCCUUUUAGAAAGAUAUUUUUGCGUUCCGGUGAUGUUAUUGGAAGAUCAAAAAAAUUUUUAAACUUUUUGUUUGUAUGUCGCCUUAAACGUGUUUUUGAGCAUCCUGCUUGGCAAAGGAUGCGGUUUUCCGAGCCAGAGUGGGGGUUUUUCAAACGUGAUUGUACGAUUUUCCCAAUGUAGUAGACGAAAAAAAGAAAAAGAAGAAAUGAUGCUGUGCUGCAGCUGUUGAAAAAAAGA